AGAGAAAGAGAAAGAGAAAAAGUCAAAGAGACAAAGAGAAAAAAAAAACAGGCACUUCCACAAAACAUUUUAGGGACGUAACACUCUUCAAAGUUCGGAAUAUUUGAAUCUCCUGGACAUUUAAAUGCACCAACUCAACUUUCCAAAGCACUUAUUUUGCUGUAUUUUGGCUUUUUAAACGCCGAAAUCACGUGGAACGGAAUAAAGGUGGGCUAAAACAACAAAAGGUGUGUUUUCAAAUCCAGAAAAGUUUUGACCCCCUCCAGGUAAACAGAACCGAUACCUUCGGAGAUCUGUGAGACACUGAAUACAGAAGAUGGAAAGAGAAAAACGUGUUCUCUUUGUUACUGAGAUGAGGGCAGUUCUUAUCCAGAGGGUUUCCAUAGUGGAGCCUCUGGCUGAUCAUCUGUUGCAAAACGGGCAUAUCCAUCAAGAGACAUAUAAAAGGAUCUGCCGAGGAAGAACCACCCAAGACAAGAUGAGAGAACUCUACAAUGUGUUAAACACCAAAGCAAGCAAAGUUGCAUUUUAUGAAGCCCUGAUGGAAACAGAUCCUUCCCUUCUUGAAGAACUGGAGAAGUCAUACCAAGCUGCGGUUCCACAGCAAGAGGACGGUGGAACUGAAAAGUAUCGUAAACUAUGGGUGAGAAGGAGCGUCAGAUAUAGAGAGACAUUUGAGGAACUCCUCCGUGAUCCUGAAUAUAAGGAGCUGAAAAACCCAAAAAUCCUCUUCUGCACAAAGAGCGAAUACAAGAUCGGAAGUGGAGCCGAAGGAACCCAGGUGUAUAUCGGAAUAAGGUAUGACGGUACUGAGGUAGCUGUUAAACGAAUGCUCAAGGAUAACCAUGAAAAACUGAACGAUGAGAUGAAAUUACUGCGAAAUCUGGACCACAAGAACAUCGUCAGAUAUCUAGAUUUCACACAUGACCAGGAUUUUCAUUACCUCUGCCUCCAAAUCUGUGAGUAUAAUUUAGAACAAUACAUGGAAAAAAAACUGGACCAGGAAGCUUCGAAGAAACUGGUAAAGGAAGUGCUUCUUGGAUUGGAAUACCUCCACGAUGAAAAGAUCAUCCACCGAGAUAUCAAACCCGCCAAUAUUUUAAUUGAUGUAGAAGGAAACGUGAGGUUGGCCGACUUCGGUAUAAGCCGCACGAUAAACCAAGCUGCGAGCUACGUGUACACCACGAGAGCUGGUACCCGAGGCUGGGAGGCGACAGAGAUCCUAAACGGGGGUGGAAAGGUUCAAUACAGAACAAGCACCGACAUUCAGGUGGCUGGAAUGUUGGUGUACUACAUCAUCUCUGGCGGUUUUCAUCCAUUCGGUGACGAUAAUACAGAAGACAAUAUUCGGAAAGAAGUUUACCAUCUGGAUAGAAUUACUGAUGUAGAAGCGAAAGACCUGAUUAAGAAAAUGAUUGCACACAAUCCAGAGGACAGGCUGAGUGUCACACAGGCUGUAGAACAUCCAUAUUUCUGGAAUGAUGAUGGGAAAGAAGCUUUUCUGAGGACAAUCGGGGACGUGGAUCCUGUCCAGAAGUACACAUCUGUAGACGAAAAACUGCGUAAAACUCUGGAAAAAUACCCACAGUUUUGUGGAUGGAAAGCUAAGAUGAGCGAAUACGUACCAAAAAAAAUACCAGCUGAUUUACCGGAUGAUUUACUUGGCUUGCUGCGUUUCCUGCGUAACCAAGUGGUGCAUGCAAAAAAGACUUUCAACGAGUGUAAAGGUUUGUUUCCAGAAUUCUAUGUCUACGCAAACCAGUUGGCCAUAGAAAUGGGUUGGAAACGGCAGCGGCAGCUUGGUGAAUCCAGGGACUAAAACUCACAACGUUCCGUCUGGUAGUCACCACGUCCACAUUCCCCAUCCGGUGCUCAGUGUGAACACGAGUCUCUUUAUAAUCCACUUUUUGUUCUGUUCUGUUCUCUAUGGUUAUUUUUCUGUCUCUAAUUUUCCGAGUUCUCACCCAGAGGCAUUCGCACGACUCAUUAGUGUUUGUCUAAUGAACUAAUCUUUUAUUUUGUAUUUUUUUAUCCCAUGUGUGUUUUUAAUGAUCUUCUAUGAGCUUUGCUGGUUGGGGUCUCAGACGCUACCCUAAAUAAAUUACAGCUAAAUUACAUACCCGUUUAAUACCUAUGGGUGAUCUAUGGGCGGAUUUAAAGACACUGAGGGAUUCUGCUUUCCUAAUCUGGACAGGCAGGAAUUCCAGAGUCUUGGAGCUACAGAAGAAAAUUUCUGUAGCUCCAAGACUCUGGAAUUCCUUCCCAGUUCAGAUUAGGAAAGCAGAAUCCCUUCGUGUCUUUAAAUCCGCCCUUAAAGCUUAUUUCUUUAGGAUAGCUUUUACUUGAAAUUGAUCUUUUUUAUAACUUGUCUUGAUAUUAUGUUCUUAUUUGGUGUGUUUUUUAAUGUUGUUAAUCUAUUAAUAAUCAUAAUCAUCUCUCUUCAUGUGUUCAUACUAAUCAACUCCAUUUAAAAUAAUCCCAGACUUACGUAUAUUAAAAAAAGACCUUCAUGACAAUGUAUUGAUGUUUUUUGUCAUUAAAAGCCAGUUUGCACACCAGCUCACUGUAGUAAA